GGGAAUAUAAUUGUUACUGUUGUUGGAACUGGUGUUUUGGGUUUGCCCUUUGCUUUUCGGAUUGCUGGUUGGGUUGCUGGGUCACUUGGUAUUGCUAUCGUUGGCAUUUCAACUUACUAUUGCAUGCUCUUACUUCGGUCAAGAUUAUUUAAAGGUGAUUUGAUGAAGGUGUAAUGUGAGCCAACUGAUCUCAAAUCGGUGACCGAGAUCAAUUAAUGUUAUGUGUAGAGAUAAGUUGGCAUCAGAAGAACCAUUAGUGGAAGCAAGAUCAUAUGGAGACUUGGGUUAUAGAUGCUAUGGAACCUUGGGUCGGUUUCUGACAGAACUUGUAAUUUUGGUAGCACAGUGUGCAGGGUCGGUUGCGUAUUUGGUAUUUAUCGGACAAAACCUUCAUUCGGUAUUCCAAAGCAAUGGAUUCUCACUUGCCUCUUACAUAUUUAUGCUAACACCCAUUGAAAUUGGAAUGUCAUGGAUAGGGAGCUUAUCAGCUUUAGCACCAUUUAGCAUUUUCGCCGAUGUGUGCAAUGUCCUGGCUAUGGGAAUUGUCGUGAAGGAAGAUGUACUGUUGGCCUUAAAGGAUGGAUUUUCAAUUACAGAAAGGACGGCAAUUACAUCGAACAUAGGAGGGUUGCCAUUUGCAGCAGGGAUGGCUGUUUUUUGUUUUGAAGGGUUUGGAAUGACACUUGCCCUAGAGAAUUCUAUGCAGGAUAAAACUAAAUUCCCAAAAUUGCUGGCUCAGACUUUUAGUGGGAUAACACUUGUAUACAUUAUUUUUGGGUUAUGUGGUUACAUGGCUUUUGGUGAAGAAACUAGAGACAUUGUGACCCUUAAUCUCCAUAGAAAUUGGUCGUCUCUUACCGUACAGGUAGGAUUAUGCCUGGGCUUGAUGUUCACGUUCCCAAUCAUGAUGCACCCAAUAAAUGAGAUUGUGGAAGGAAAACUCAAAAUGAUCCACAGAAACAAUAAUAAUGAUUCAACAGAACUAGGAAAAAUUACAAUAUACAUCAGUCGCUCUAUUGUGGUGGUUGUGCUGGUUGUUGUAGCUUCAUUCGUGCCAGAAUUUGCCGUAUUUGCCUCAUUUGUGGGAAGUACCUUGUGUGCAAUGCUAUCCUUUGUUUUGCCAGCCACAUUUCACCUAAAACUAUUUGGCUCUUCUCUUUGCAUCUGGCAAAAAAUCCUGGACUCUAUUGUAUUAAUCACUGGAAUACUUUUCGCUGUUUAUGGAACUUACAAUACAAUUGUUGGAGUUUGAUGAAUAUAUUAUUACAGAAAUAUACAUAUUGUUGAUGCUUUUAUACAAA